AAAAGGGGCAUCCUUCCCACUCAGUGGAGAAGAACUCUUGUCACUCUCACUCACACACUCCUCCUGCACGCUGAACCUCUUCUCUCACGAUGAGUGCCAGGCUGUGUGUGUGUGUCGUGUUGGCCGUCCUGUGUGUGAGCUGUUUGGGGCUCCCUCUCUCCUCUCAGCCCCCAGACGAGGGCCAGCGCUCCAUCUCCCCUCUCUCUGAAGCCCUCAGCCCCCACCUCCGACAGAGCCGCUCUGCGCCCCAGCUGAAAGCUCUUCCUGUGGGUGAGGACGGAGACUCUCGGGCCAACCUCAGUGAGCUGCUGGCAAGACUCAUCUCCUCCAGGAAAGCCGCUGUGCGCAGAGACCCCACGGCGAACAGCAGAGGCAGUGCCAACCACCGGAUAGCAGACAGAGACUACAUGGGCUGGAUGGACUUCGGCCGCCGCAGCGCAGAGGAGUACGAGUAUUCCUCGUAAACGUGGAGUCACAGCUCAUUCUCCUCUCUCUCUCUCUCUCUCUCUCUCUCUCUCUCUCUCUCUCUCUGUGUGUGUGUGUGUGUGUGGGCAAACAAGAAAAAAAGAGGAUGUGGGUGUGGUGGGGGGGGAACCCUGUGCAAGCUGGCUCCUCACUGUCUCACACUAAGAGUCUAUUUAUGAUGUAUUUGUUGUACAUUUGUUUGUAAAACUGUAAUAAUGCAAUAUACAUUAUGCCAAAUUUUGCAGAAAAGCUCUCACUGUUAUCACGGUUUUGUUUUUGUUUGUUUAUGGUUUUUCUCCAGGUUUUUCCUUUAUGGUUAUUUUAUUUGGGGGUUGGAAAGGACAGGGACGUGUCCGGGUCUGUGGACACUUAACUGGACUGAAUAAAGAUUGAAAAUGUCA